AUGGUCGAUAGUGGUGUCCCCCAGGGUUCAGUUCUGGGACCCAUUUUGUUCCUUAUCUACGUGGACGAUGCCGCAAGAGAUUUGGACUGUGAAGUAGCAAUGUUUGCGGACGACAUGAAGAUAUGGAGUGUAAUUCGUGGUCCUGCCGAUGAAGACAGACUGCAGAUGAACCUGAACCGGUUGGAGGAGUGGUCAAACCGUUGGCUCCUGCGGUUCAACGUUGCCAAAUGUAGCAUACUUCGCCUAGGCAACACAGCCAGAUCCGCCAGCACAAGAGGCUACUUUCUGGGCGGUGCAACCCUACAAGAGGUCGAAGCCCAAAAGGACCUCGGUGUGCUUACGACGAGUUCCCUAAAACCAUCCGCCCACUGUUCGAGGGUGGCAAAAAGCGCAAUGUCCGUACUGUACUCCAUCAAGCGUGCGUUUAUGGACUUUGACGAAGAAGCUUUCUCUAAGACAUUCGGAACAUUCGUCCGGCCGCAUUUUGAGUACGACAUACAAGCUUGGAGGCCGUGGGCUGUUGUGGAUCAAAACGGCCUCGAAAGAGUCCAGAGGAGAGCCACGAAGAUGGUCAGGGGUCAAAGCUCCUUUCCUUAUGCGACCCGCCUAGUAAAUCUGAACCUCUUUCCUUUGAGUUACAGGCAACUUCGCGGAGAUCUCUUGCAAGCCUUCCGCAUUGUAAAGGGGUUGGACUGCAGUAUGGCCUUCGAGGACUUUUUUGAAUUUGCUACCACGACCAACCUCCGAGGUCACCCGUUAAAACUGCGCACUCAGCAGGCACGGCUGGAUGUGCGGAAGUUCUCCUUCUCGGUUCGGGUGGUCAAACCGUGGAAUGAGCUUCCCACAGAUGUUGUGAUGUCACCAUCCAUACAAAGUUGUAAGAAGAAUCUGGACAUAUUUAUGUUCCGCAAUGACCAAGAGCGAUGA